GCCCGGGCAGUAUGGGAUAGUGGAGGAGCUGUUGUUACGGGAGAAAUGAAGAGGAGCUGGGAGCUAGGAGCGCUUGAAAUGCAAGGCAAUAACUCAUAAUUUCAAGAAAUAAGCCCCCUCCCUGUCGCCCCUCCUUUUGAAACAAACAAACACUUUUGAUCUGGACAAGGCUCCGGUUAGCAUUUUACGGUUGUAGCCGUACAGAAUGUCCAAGAUCAGGAGGAAGGUAACAGUGGAGAAUUCUAAGACCAUAUCUGACAGCAGCUCUCGCCGACCCAGUGUGUUCGAGAGACUUGGGCCGAGUACUGGAAGUAAUCCUGAAACACACUGUCGAAAUUGGCUAAAGACCGGCAGCUGUAUUUACGGGAAUACGUGUCGGUUCACACAUGGAACUCAGCCCCGAGGCAAAGUAUACAGUGGUACGUACAGAAGGUCACCCGAGAGGCCCACUGGAGAUCUCCGAGAGAGGAUGAAGAACAAACGCCAGGAGGCAGAGCCUGAUACUCAGAAAAGAAACCCCGAAGAGCCCGGCUCCCCUGCCGCUCGGAGAGACUCCUCGCGAAGCCGGCACCGGGAGAAGGAAGACAUUAAGAUAACGAAGGAGCGCACCCCAGAGAGCGAAGACGAGCCGGCGGAGUGGGAGGCCAGUCGGGAAGAUUCUGACAAUGGGGACUACGAUUAUGAAUUGUCUCUGGAAAUGAAAAGGCAGAAGAUUCAGCGAGAGUUAAUGAAGCUGGAGCAAGAGAACAUGGAGAAAAGAGAAGACAUAGUCAUCAAAAAGGAGGAACAGAACAACAAGAGCAGGAAUAGCAACCUGUCAAAGAUCUCUCCUGAGCCUAUCAGUUCUAAAGGAUCUCCUUCAUCGAGAAAAUCCAGUGGAUCACCCAAACACAAAGCCAGCUCUAAAGCUGUCUCCUCCAGCAAGAAGGAGAAAAAGACCCCGGUUGUCUCCUCACCUGUAUCGGAUCAGGCACGAUCAUCCAAGAUCAUCCAUGGGAAAAAGAAAGGGCCUCGCACCCCGAGCCCUCCUCCUCCAGCCCAGGAGGAGAACCCCGUCAGUAAGAAGCACAAAGGGAAACACAAGACUAAAGAAAAGGUGGAGGAGAAGCCCAAAGAGGCCAAAGAUAGGGGCAGGGAUGCAGAAAAGCACAAGGAGAAGAAGGAGAAACGUAGGGAUCGUUCGGAAAGCUCCCACAAGCUGAAGCGGUCCCUCAGCCCCGAGGCCCGCUCGGGCAGCAGCUCCUCGCCCUCCCGGGAGACCUCUCCCUCGGCCAGGAGGAAAUCGGCCUCUCCCGGCGUGUCCAGACCUGCAGCUCACAAAGUUCCCCUGUCCCCAUCCCACAGGUCUUCCACGCCGCCUCCGCACCGCCACACCCCGACUCCCCCCCGGCACCACUCGCCCUCUUCCCACUCGGGCUCCUCGGCGCAGAGGCCCUCCCCCUCGCCCCGCCGCCGGCGCUCGGCCUCGCCCUACUGGAAGAUGAAGACUAGCCUGUGGCUUAUGCAAGGACGUCAUCGAGUCUUUUUCACCCAUUUUAAAGCAGCCUCUCUUCUGACGUCAGGCAUCCGCGGCUCGCGGGGGGCCCAGCUAGACGGCCACAGCGGCAGCGGCAGCAGUUUCCACGAGAACUGGGAGUCGCGCGGCAGCUACGCGGAGCGGGGCUCCGACAGGGGGGCGGAGCGGGAGCGCUACGAGGCCGACCGCCGGGAACAGGCCCGCGACGCGUCCUUCGACCGGCGGGGCGGUCACGCGGAGCGCGAUCGCCGGGACGCCAGGGACAGAGAUCAGAGAGCCGCCUCGCCCGCCAGGCACCAGGGCCGCAGCGACGAGCCGGAGCGAGAGGACAGGAGGGACGAGCGCAGGGCCGACAGGGGGGAGGACAGGCGGGAAGACCGGGCCAGGGAGAGGGAGCGGGACCGCGAGCGGGAGAGGGAAAGGGAGCGGGAGAAGGAGAAGGAGAGGGAGAGGGAGAAGGAGCGGGAGAAGGAGAGGGAGGCGGAGCGCGAGCGAGCCAGGGAGCGGGAGAGGGAGCGCGAGAGGGACAGGGAGAGGGAGCGCGAGAGGGAGGAGAGGGAGAGGGAGAGGAAGGACAGGGAGCGCGAGAGGGAGCAGCGCGAGAGGGACAGGCAGAGAGACUGGGACGACCGAGACAAAGGAAGGGAGGAGCGACGAGACCGGCGGGACGAACAGCGAGAGGAUCGAGUCGUCAGGGACGCGCACGAAGACCGGAAGCCCAGCCGGAAGAGGCACCGUGUGGACAGCAGCCCCAGCCCACGUCCCUCCCCUAAGAGAGCUAGAGACGCCAGCCCAGACAGUGACGGUUACAACAGCGCAGAGGAGAAAAGUGAGAAGCACAGGCUGCUGAGCCAGGUGGUGCGACCCCAGGACCCGUCUCGCUCCCCGCCGCGCCCCGCCGCCGAGGAGAAGGCCGGCCGCUGGAAGGAGGAGGACCGGAAGGCCGAGCGGAAAGACGGCACCAGGACGAGGCACGAGGAGCCCGAUCUCCGAGACCGGGGGGCUGCCAGAGCAGAGCGGCAGAGGGAUCACCUCCUGGACACUGGCACGGCAGGGGGCCCGGACCCCCGCAGGGGCAAGGAGCCGCUGGACCCGCCCGCGGAAGAGAGAGAGGCCGCCCACGAGGAGGGCAAGAAGAAGACCAAGUCCCAGAAGAAGGGCCUGAAGAAGAACCGCAAGGAGGAGGAUGGAGGCAGCGGGACGGAGAGGUUCAACCCGGAGCCUCCGGCGCCGGCCGCCGAAGAGGCGCCGCUGCAGUCCCCCAGGAAGGGGCCCAAGAAGAAGACGGUGGAGAAGAAGCGCAAGCACUCGCGAGGCGGGGAGUCCGACAUCUCGGAAGAGGAGGCGGCCCAGCCGCCGAGCAAGAAGAAGCGGGGCCCGAGGACGCCGCCCCUGCUGGGGCCGUCCGCCGUCAAGGACGGCUACCCUGCCCAGGCUCCCGAGAAGACUCCUGCCCCGGGGGCCUGCCCGCCCCACAAGGCCGACGCCACCUUCAGCGACUGGUCCGACGAAGACGUCCCCGAGCGGGCCGACAUGGUCUCGCUGCCUCCUGUCGAGAGAGAGAGAGCCCCGCCGGAGGCUCCCAAGAAGGGACUGAAGGGCAAAGAGAGAGCAGAACCGCCGAUCGCUCCUCUGUUGGCUCAAGAGCCGCCCUCUCUGCUGCAGCAGCCCCCGAUUACCCUGCAGCCCCUGAUGCCCCAGCACCUCCUGCGCAAAGUCCCGGAGCAGAAGCGCAGCAACAGCCAGUGUAGCAACCAGAGCCGCGCGUCCUCGCGCCACCUCAGGUCUCCCUCCAGCGAGUCGACGCACCGCGGCGGGGAGGACCACGGCGUCCGCAGGAGGAGGCUCCAGGGGGGCUCACGCGACCGGGACAGAGACCGCGACAGAGACAAGGGCUCUGCUGUGGAGCUACCCGUGGAGAGGAAAUCCCGCAUCGAUCAGCUGAAGCGCGGGGAGCCCAGCCGCAGCACGUCGUCGGACCGCCAGGAUUCCCGGAGCCACAGCUCGCGCCGGAGUUCCCCGGAGUCGGAGCGCCAGGCUCGUUCCCGAGCGGGGUCCUAUGACAGCAGGGAGCGGGAGAGGGACCGGGAGCCGUUUGACAGGGACAGGGAGCGCAAGGACGGCCGGGACUGGGGCCGCGGCAGGGAGCCCGUCCGGAGCCGGGAGCCGAGGAAGAGGGACGCUGACCCCGAGAGAGAGAGGCACCCGCCCGAGGCCCACGAGAGAGACCGGGACCGCGAGAGGCUCCUGGAGGCCCCGGCGCACAGCGAGAUGAAAAGGACUGAGCCAAAGCCGGAGAGGGACUUGGAGCCCGUGCCGCGGGAGAGCAUGACCUCUGAGGCAGUCAGGCCGGAAAAGACUUUGGACACCCUGCGUGUCACGGAGGACGUGCAGGAAACGGAGAAGCCGGACAGCGUAGAUGGUGAGGAUGAUGGGAAAGCAGAUGAAGUGCAGUCCAUGGUGUCAGGAGGAGAGGAGUAUGAGCCCAUCAGCGAUGAUGAGCUGGACGAGAUACUGGCCGACAGCGCACAGAAGAAAGAAGACCAUCAGGAUGAAGAAAAUAUGCCAGAUCCUCUGGAUGUGAUUGACGUGGAUUGGUCCAGCCUGAUGCCUAAGCAGAAGAAGGAGUCCCGGGAGGCCGGAGCAGCUCUGCUGAAGUUCACUCCGGGGGCGGUGCUCCUGAGGACAGGCAUCUCCAAGCGCCUGGCUGGAGCCGACCUCUUCUCCCGAGUCAAGGACGUCUGCAGCGGGGAGCUGGAGGACCCCAAGGGUGCUGAUAAGCUGUUCGAACACGAGCUGGGAGCCCUGAACAUGGCUGCUCUGAACCGGAGAGAGGAGAGAGCGGGCCUGCUGAGUAACCUGGGGCCGUGCUGCAAGGCCCUCUGCUCGCGGAGAGACAUCGCCAUCCGCAAACAGCUGCUGAAGAACGACAAGGGAGCAACAAAACAGGUGUACGCCAGUGCUCAAGUGGUGGACAAUGAAUUGCUACAGCUGAGUAUCCGCUUGUUCAAGAGAAAGACAGCGGGUCAGCCCCAGAACCAGGAAAAGACUGAAAGCAGCACACUUUCUCCGCCAAGCGCACAACCUGAAGUGUGCGUAACUUAAGUUUACAGUCCCUCACUUUGGAAAGACUUCAUAGAGACUGGUAAUUGCUAGCCUAUGGGGAAAGUCCUGUGCGUUGCACUGAAUUUGUAAUAAUGUUUCAGCAAAUCAUUUUUAGAGCAGUGUACGGAAAAUGCUUUUUUUUGUUCUGCCAUUUUGUUCUUUUUAACAUACUGUACUAAAAUUUAAUUUUGUGCAUUGGUUAUUAAACAGACCAUUAGAUUUUGUUGCUCUUUGGAGAGAGAUGUACAGUUUCUUUAUGAUGUAGUUUUACUACAUGAAAGAAUCAGAUUUCAGGUCAGAUCAGGAUCACUUCCUGAGAUAACAGAUGUGGGACCUGUAAUACUUAACCCUGGUCCUGGGGGACCCAUAUCUUGUUAUUUUUGUCCCUGACAAGUAGUUAAUUAGAGGCUAAUAGAUGUAAGUCUUUAUCUGAGAUAAACUUUUAAACUUGCUUUGAGCUCUUACGAAAUUGAAUGAUAUUUGUAUCAAUUCUGUACCAUUUUCCAGAUUUCAGAACUGCCCUUGUUAAGAUAUUAGUGUUACUUCAAUUGUCAAAUUGGACCUCUGUAGAUAGAUAGAACCUCUGUAGAAGGAUAGAAAUACACUGGCCAUAUCUGAUUAAUUGCCACUCCUCCAUUUCUGUUCAUCAUAAAUUGCUCAUUACCUGUUAUGAUACAGGAAUCCAAAAUGUUCAGGUGAAGAGAAUUUGAAUAAAGUUUCAAGAGCUUAGGCAUCUAGAACGAUACAGUUGUUACUGGGUAUUUUUUAAAGCAAGGAACAGAUAGACAAGUCUAAACAAGUAGUAUUGUCUAAACCAGAGAAUACCAGGUCAUGAAAUGAAACCCAGCUGAACUAAGGGUCUCCCAGUACCAGAACUACAAACAUUCUGCAGAUUUUACCAAUCUUAAGGUUACCAAUAGCAAGGAAUGCACAAAUAUGAAUGAAUAAUUUAGUGAGAAGCUAGAACAGCAGAGCCUUGUUUACGUGGAUACAGGUUUUUAGUGAAACUCUGCUUGUACCCUAAACACUAUCAAUAUUGGCUCAAUUCAACCCAUUUACCAGGCUCUUCCAGCCAUUUAGGUGCAAUUUGCUUAGAGGGAGGCUUCCUGCAGUAGCUCACUUCGGUUUUCCUGAUGGAACUGAAAUGUGAGACUUUCAUAUCUCUACUGUAACUGACAUUUUUUUCUUAGAUUAAACUCAAGGCUCAGA